UUAUUAAUUGCUACAUUUGACUCUAGUUUAAAAAAAUAGGUUGUACACAAAACUAGUUAAUUCACUAGUUAAUUUGCUAUAACUCGAAUUAAUAGUUAGAUAAAUAGUUAAUUACUUUUUUACAAUUUUUUAUUAAUCGCUACAUUUUUUAGAUGGAUCGUCCUAGAUAUUCGGUUGAUAUGGGUAACCUCGAGCGCAACCGAACGAAAGAGCUUGCGAGAAAGAGAUCCCGCAAAGGUAAAUCACAUAUCGGCUCUUCAUCUCAAAGUCGAGAUGAUUUUGAUACGGGUUACGCAAGGAGGGAUGGGGAUGCGAUGACCGACGAACAACUAGAACAAGAAUUGUACCGACAUAAUUCCCGCUUUUUUCAAGACCAGCCGAGGACCAUUGACGAAGAAGAGCUCGAGGACGAGGACGACGAUGUGGAGGAAGUAAUUCUGGAGAGCCACGACGACGAGGAGGAGGGUGGCGGCAGCCAUGACGCCGACCAACCUGUCUCAUCCCAAACAGGUACAAAAAAAAGU